AUGGCUACCUCCCAAACCGCCGCUGAGUAUUACAAGAGCUUUUCUUCGCCCAUUUCCAUCUCAGAGCAGUUCAAGGACAUCGAUGAUGCUCAUGAUUUCUUACGAUUCCAGCAAAUGCUGGUGGACAAGACUACACGAAACUUCGUUCUUGACUUUGGCGAUGAAGACGCGUGGUGUGGAUUCAACUUGACCCAGGAUGAUUUCGUGGCAUUGAUGGGUGCACAGACUCUAUUGAACCAGUAUGGAUUAUCCUACCGUUUGGUUAAAAUGAUGUGCACCGACCCCGUGAAACAAACGCAGACUGCUGUUGCAAAGGCGGACGAACUUGGGAGCCCAAUAUCUACUGAAAACCUUGAGGACAGGACUGGGAGAGCGAUGCCAGUCGAAGACAUCGAAGGAGCCUACCACCUUGAAAAACUUGAUCCUGUGGCUGCCAGUUCUGAAGUAGCGUCACUCGGUCAUCUGUCUUUUUCCAACAUCAUCAACCAAAUCUGGCAUUUUUGUUCCGUCGACUAUGGGCCAAAAUAUACUUGUAUCGGAUAUAACUCCCUCUAUACUGUCAAGAUCAACCAAAAGAUCCUGGAAAAUGGGAAGGGCUUACCUGAAGGGAAAAGGCUAUGGUGCUGGAUUAUCUUAUGUGAUGACGGGACUGUUAUCUCUAUGCAGGAGAACCCGUUCCCAGGGCCAUAUAUACCCACUGUCGAAGAGGAGAAAACUAUGAUAGCCGCUACUCGUCGAAAUGUUAUCUCGAUUUUCUCUGGUGCAUCUAAACAACACCCAUCUAUUUCUGACAACGAGUCGCUGGUAUCUGUCCGCGUCCGUCACUUUUCUGAUCUUGAGCUUGAUGAAGCUAGUAUUAAACAAGAGGAUGGACCCGGACUGAUAUUGUACUACAUGUUCGAUGACUGGGUUUCGAGCUACCGAUUAGUUGCUCGCAGGGAGCACAUGUAUGGUGCACUGCUGGACGAAUUGAGGCAAAGAAUGUUAGAUAAGCCAAAAGUCGAUCUAGUGGAUGAUCUGCACUGGCUCGGAAGGCGUCUUGCUAUACUGAAGCGCCUCUAUCAAAGCUAUGAGUUGGUUAUUAAGCGCAUUUUACAGCGACAGCGCCUUUUGCGCGAUGAGGCUCGGGGUCGACGCGACAACCCUCGCAGUUUAAGCGCAAUUAACGAUAUGGAUGGUGACCAACUUCAAAUGUCACUUAGCAUGACUGGUGUCUACGACAGUUACGAUGAUAUUGCAGGCGUCCAACUAACUUCGGCGGCGGUUGGCCGCUUUGAACGCCUUGCAGACCGUAUUCGGCUAUACUGCUUGAGCGAAAUCGAUACAUGUCUAGCUGAGAAAGAAACACUGACAUUUAUGAACUUCAACUUGAUUGCGCUGAAGGACUCGCAAGCUGUAGAAAGGCUGACUCGCAUCACCAUUCUGUUGGCUAAAGGAACUAUUCUUUUCCUUCCUGUUAGCUUGAUGUCGCAAUACUUCAGUAUCCAGAUCCCGGAUAUUGCAGCGCCUUUAAACCUGCGCGCAUACUGGAUAGCAUUUGCAGUUCUGAUGGUUCUUUCCAUUGCACUGUUAUCUGUAUUCGGAUACCUUAGCGAUACAGUCGAAGGCAAGACCAUGUACCGUUCGGUUACAAGGACCUUGUUCAACUCCUCCAAACAAAAGUCAAUGGAGCUCUUAUCUCAGAGGCGUGCGCGACGAUAG